AUGCCAGACUACUACCACGUCUACUCGAACCGCGGGCGUCUCUCUUACCUUCGCGAACAUCCCCAGCACCCUUCCUGUAAUUCCCGCGGUGUCUUUCAGGACCGCCCGAGACGACCGCAUCGCAUUCGCAUCGCACCCGUAGCUCCCGAAUGCCGGUUACUGGACAAGAACUCGAGGACCAAGUCCUAUCUCUGGGAAAAGCUGGCAGGCCCUCGGGACAACGCGAAACGUUUCCUUCGUUCUCUUAUAGACACCCACUUCCAUUACUCCCACUUCCACGCCGACCGCCACGUCCACGAAGACUCGCCCAACAUCAGUGGGGAUACGUCCUCCCCGACCAGUAGGAGGGUAUCCUGGGUCAUUCCCGACAUGAGGCCAACGCCGAGGAAUUCCGUCUCCCUGGGCGUGCCGCACGCUGCCGUGGUCGACAUGCACCGCUCCAGCGAAAGGCAGGCGGCGAAAAGCGUAGUCAACAGCGUUGUCAAGCCUCUGCCCGAGGAGAAACCUCUCGCCUCUGGAAACGGGGUGAGCCUUUGCAUCCAGUUGGCGGAACCUGUCCUUUUUCUGCAGGGAUUCGAGCAAGCCGAACACUCGGAGCGAAGCACUGCCAUGCUUCGAGGGACCUUGCAAUUGCAUGUAACCAAACCUGCCAAGAUCAAGGCAAUUUCGCUCAAGUUUCGCGGCAAGGCUACCACCAAGUGGCCCGAGGGGAUACCCCCGAAGAAGGUGGACUUCGAGGAAACCGAUACCCUUAUGGGCCAUACCUGGCCCUUCUUCAAUGCGCAGUUCCCGGCCGCAGAAGCCAGCACAGGUGCAGACCACGUCGAAUUGCUGAAGAGCCCGUCUUCCACUGUGACUCAAAGGAGCCUGUUUGGAGGCUCGCCAAAUGCGUCGUCGACAAAUCUGAGCAGCAAGGAAGCCAGGCGCCUUUCGCUACAGGUUCACCAGUCACGUAGUUUUGGCAAGGGGGACCCGUCCACCCACGGCCCAUCGGUUGCACAGAAGGGCUACCGAACCUUCAAUCCUGGGAAUUACCUGUACAAUUUUGAGUUACCGCUGGACAGCCACCUUCCGGAGACCAUUGACGUUGAACUCGGCUCCGUUCGCUAUGAGCUGGAGGCUGUUGUGGAAAGAGCAGGCGCUUUUCGAGCGAACCUGGUUGGGACCAAGGAAGUCGUGUUGAUUCGGAUUCCUGCCGAAGGAUCUCUAGAACAAGUCGAACCCAUUGCCAUUAGCCGUAGUUGGGAGGACCAGCUGCAUUACGACAUUGUCAUAUCCGGCAAGUCGUUUCCCCUCGGUGCACAGGUACCCAUUGCGUUCAAGCUCACCCCUUUGGCCAAAGUGCAAUGCCUCAGGAUCAAGGUGUUUGUCACAGAGAACAUAGAGUACUUUUGCGCCAACAAGCGCGUCCAUCGCAUGGAACCGGUGCGCAAGGUACUGUUGUUCGAGAAGCGUGCAGACGGCCCACCGACGAGUACGUUUCCUGGAAGCACAAUGCGCAUUGUGUCUGGUGGAGGCGUUCCAUACGACCAGCGAGCGGCUGCCGCAAGGGGCGAAAACGUCCCAGUCCAGGACCCCACCAACCUGCUGGGUGACCUCAGUGGCGACGUGAAUAUAGGCCCCACGGAGAUGGAAUUCAAUGUGCAGCUUCCGAGUUGCCAUAACCUCAAGGACAAGGACAAGCAGUCCAGGCUUCAUUUCGAUACCACGUAUCAAAAUAUCCAGGUCCACCACUGGAUCAAAAUCGUCAUGCGGCUCUCCAAAACCGACCAAAAUGAUCCCAAUAAGAGACGACACUUUGAGAUCUCCAUUGACUCGCCCUUCCAUAUCCUGUCUUGCCGUGCCACUCAAGCCAACACGGUCCUACCCGCUUACUCGUCCCCCGAGCCUUCAAGUAACGAUGCUCCUCGACCGGAGUGCGGCUGCCCAGGUGCCCCUAUCCGUCGCGGCACUCCUACAAGUUUCAUUCCAGGCUUGAGUACCGAGGACAGAUCGAGAGCCAGCUCUAUUGCGUCCGUGUCGAGCCCUGGGGCUGCUAGGCCACAGCAAGCUCACAUUGCGGGUCGUCAUGACAUGGUUCUGCACCGGCCGAUGCAUCUCCUGCGAGCUCCUUCGUUCAAUCCGCCGGCAUUCGAAGACGAAGAACCGCCGCCUCCGAUGGAAACGCCGCCGCCGCUCUACGAAAGCAUUGCUUCACCGAGCAGUGGUUUAAAUGAUUACUUUGCUCGGCUGUCGGCCUACCUCGGCGAUGAUAGUGAAGGAGAGGAUGAGCGUAGCCCGGCCAGAGUGGAAAUCCCCCUCACACCUGGGAGCCGUGUCCACAGCAGGAGCAUGGAUGUGCCGCGAACCUGGUUGCCAGUUGGGCAGUGA